AAUGAGUGUGUAAUGGAUUUUUUGAUUCGUGGGAGGGCUGUGAUUUGAGUCAAAUAUAUAACGCACGUGUUUGGUAUAGUAUGUUAUGUAAUUGGGCCAGUACAUAAAAGUUUGAACAUAAAAUUAUGUGUAUACAGAAUUAUUCGCAGAAAAAUAACCUAUUUAUGCGUAACUUUCAAAGCAUCAAUUCUCAUUCCCAUAAAUAAUUUGUAAAUGCAUUUGAAAACGGGAAUUUUAUCAAUGUCGUGGGGGUUUUGGCGACCGGGGCGGCGCUAGUUGUAUAAAAUUAUUGAAGUGAUGCUUGCAUGCUCUUGUAUAUGUUUGCAUGUCCGAAGUCAAAAGACAUAACCAAUACAAAUGAAAAAAUCCCCUUCCCGUGGAUCAACACGAUCGACUGACGCUGACAAUUUGAAAGUUGGAACGUCAUCAGUGUUUAUCCUCGUGUUUCGUCGAUUAAUGAUAUAAAUAUUAUCUCGUCUCAUGUCCUCGAUUAUGAGGAUUUUAUCGAGGAUCUGAGGGAAUUCAUGAGAUCCGAGAUGAAUUUCAUGAAGAGCGUGUCAGUGAAUAAUGUUAAGAGUGGAGAUGCCAUGCAACUUAAUAAUGUUGAGGUAUUGUAUACAAAAGUGCAGAGGGUUUAUGUGAAACCUCAGCACAAGGAGGAGCGGCAGAAAGACCUGAGGGUCAAUGUGGAGAUUCACUCGGGGAUCAGUCCUGUUUGUCAAAAGAACCUGUGUGUUCUUCUGGCAGACGAUGAGGAUCCCUGCUUCCUCUACUCACUCCUAAUCAACGACGAGGACUUCAAGAUCCUCAAGGCUCAGCAGGGUCUCCUGGUGGACUUCGACAACUUUGCAACCCAACUUAUAUGUCUCCUCGAGCAAUGCAACGUGUCGUGUCCAGGUGCAUCGAAAGGUCCACCGAAAUUUCUGCUGCUCCUCGCCGAGGAGAACAGCGAUUGGAUUUUCAAAUUGGUCGAGACGAAUAAUUUUAAACACUUGUGUCAUCUCAGUCUCAGCAUUGCACCGGCCAGUGAUAACGAUAUUAAAACACACAUGGCGAUGAAGAUAAAAAAAUUGAAGGAAGAUCUGGGGAACAGGAAUAGAGAGGCGGUGGGAUUGGAGACGAGGCUGAAUGCACUUAAUGAGGAUUUUGAGAGCAAGGUGAGGGAGUAUGAGCAGCUGGAGCAGAGAUUUCUGGCAGAUAGAAGCCAGCUCCAGAUGACGGCUUCACAUCAACUCAGUAUUGAGAAAGAAAGAUUGGCCCAAGCAAAACUCGAAUGGCAGAAGGUCUCAGAGUUGGAAAAAAUCGCGCUGGAACGUCACCAGAGUGAGAUCCUGCAGCAACUCCACACAGAACUCUCCGAGCUUCGAACUCAGAACCAAUCCUACCGAGAAAAACAAAUCUCCCUGGAAGCGACAAACUCAGAACAGCUAAAACAACUCCAAACCCUCGAGCGAGACCUAGAGAUAACCCAACGAGACCUUUCCAACCUGAAGAAACAAAAUUCAAAACUCGACGUCGACUAUCACGACAAGGACAAAGUCGUUAACGAUUUAAGAAUGAGAGUAGCAGUCCUCGAGCAAGAUCUGAAAGACAAAACAAUUCUAAUCAACAAACACACGGAAAUGUGGAAAGCAGGAAAAGAGCAGAAACAGCAAUUGGAGGAAUUGCUCUCAGAAAAGGAGAAUCAACUCCAGAGAAAACAGAACGCUCUGAAACACGUGGGUGACGAAGUCAUCAAAGCUAAUGAAAUAAUUAAAAAAAUUCAGAAUGAGCUGUCGACAGCCAAAUCGAAAUUAAAAUUGAGAACGAGUAUCUGCCUAGAGCAGGAAAAAUUACUGGAUACAAAGCAAAAAGAGAUUGGCCAACUAGAGACUAAACUGGAGGAAAAUUCAAAAGUAAUGAAAGAUCUCAAAUCUGAAGUGGAGAGUCUGCAGAAUGAGGUGAAAAUGUUGAAGUGCCAGGUGGAAUCUCAGGAGAAAACGAUAAAGAACAAUGACAACGUGAUCGGUUGGUUGAAUCGUAGAUUGGCUGACAGCCAGAGUCCUCUCCAGGGUGUGACGACUCCAGCGGCAGUCAGUGUACCAUCCAAUUUUCAAUUGACAUUACCGAGGAGCAAUAAGUUCCUUACAAAUAAAUUUGAGAGUAAAACACCGAAUACUGGAACAACACUUCAGCAUAGCGUUCCAUUGACAGGGGGAUUCAACCCCAGGAAUGGUAUAGUCCAGGGUUGCAAUGUCAAUCAGACGUCGAGGACGUCUCCAGGAAGAGCAGGAGUUGGAGUUAUCACAGACAGCACUGUAGGACCUGGGGCUUUUAUCAGGCCAGGACACAUUGGAAGCACGAGUACACCCAUGGAGAGGAUGAAUAUUUACCAGAAACUACCAACUGCUGGAUUCACGGAGACUGGGGGGAAUGGAGUGAAUGAGAAUAACAAUGUGCCUUUGGGGUCCAACAUGGUCAAGUCGAAGAGUGCAUCUGGCAUUGGGUUGAGGAGAACUGUCUUGGAUAAACCUUUGUUACCUUCCGCGUACUUUUCCAAGCCUCUCCAUUGAGAAAAGGGUGAAACCGUUUGAAUUUAUUAGAUUAGUGAAGAGGUGUAAGACUGCGAGUCGCUUUAGUUAAUUGAUAGGGAGAGUGUAGUAAAAUUAAACACUCCAAAAACAAAUCCUUAAUGUAAUUCAGGGUAACGAAAUUUUUAUCAAUUUCUUAUUACUGGAAGUACUGCUGAAAAUUAUGAUUUUCUCCUCACUGCUUGUUUAGUUCUGUGAAUUGAAGUCAAGAAAGUCGUUAAUUCUUGAUUUAUAAAUAUUAGUUUUCCAUCAAUAAUUUCCCUUUUAUUGUAAUAAUGUAAAAUGUAGAAUUUUUGUGAAAAAGUCCUCGUCAGAGAAGUGUUUCCUGGCCUCAAAGUACAAACUAUAUCAUAAUCCAUGAAAGAUGGGAUGAUUAUAUUUUCAUAGAUCACAAGAGUAUUGAAUAUUUCUUGCCUUACAUCAUUGUACAUAUUGAAUCACCUAGACCGAAUUGGUGUUCUAGUUUAAUAUCACAUGUAAUACUUGAUCACUUAAGAACAAAUAAGAAAAUCGUAAUUGAAAAUCCAGUAUUAGAAGCAAUUAGCAAUGAUUAAGGGAGUUUGUUCAUUUAAUCUACGACAUUAUCAGUAAUAAAUUUUUUAAUAAAAUUAUAUUUUAUACAA